AUGCCGGUGAUGAGAGGUCUCCUGGCUCCGCAGAACACCUUCCUGGACACCAUCGCCACCCGCUUCGAUGGCACCCACAGUAACUUUGUCCUGGGUAACGCCCAGGUGCAAUCCCUCUACCCUAUUGUCUACUGUUCUGAUGGCUUCUGUGAGCUGACCGGCUAUGCCCGCGCCGAGCUGAUGCAGAAGAGCUGUGCAUGUCAUUUCCUGUACGGGCCGGAGACCAGCGACCAGCUGAUGGCGAAGAUCCAGGGGGUGUUGGACGACAGGGGGGAGUUUAAGACCGAGCUGGUGUUCUACAAGAAGGGAGGUACCCAGUUCUGGUGUCUGCUGGACAUCGUGCCCAUUAAGAAUGAGAAGGGAGAGGUGGUGCUGUUUCUGGUGUCCCACAAAGACAUCACUGACAACAAGAAGGACCAGGACCCAGAGCAAGGCCCAGAGACUGGGGUGAAAGGGAGGGAAGAGACGGGUCUGGAGAUACACAAGGUCACCCGUCCCCCAGGCUUCAACACCAACCGCAGACGCAGCCGGGCGGUGCUCUACCACCUGUCUGGACACCUGCAGAAACAGGACAAGAGCAAGAUCAAACUCAACAACAACAUGUUUGGGGACAAGCCGCCCAUCCCAGAGUACAAGGUGGCAGCCAUUCAGAAAUCCCGAUUCAUCUUGCUCCACUACGGGACCUUCAAGGCUGGCUGGGAUUGGCUAAUCCUGUUGGCUACCUUCUAUGUCGCAGUCACAGUGCCCUAUAAUGUGUGUUUCACUGUGGUGGGGGGGCGGGAUGAAGGAAGCUCCGCCCCCCGCAGCCCCCCCAGUGUGAGUGACAUCCUGGUGGAGAUCCUGUUUAUGCUGGAUAUCGCGUUGAACUUCCGGACGACCUUUGUGAGCACAUCGGGCCAGGUGGUGUACGACGCUCCCUCCAUCUGUGUGCACUACGUCACCACCUGGCUGUUUGUUGACCUCAUCGCUGCAUUGCCCUUUGACCUGCUCUAUGCGUUUAACGUCAGUGUGGUGAGUGUCUCUUACUUUGGGGUCCACCUGCUGAAGACAGUGCGGUUGCUGCGUCUGCUGAGGCUGCUCCAGAAGCUGGAGCGUUACUCCCAGUACAGUGCUGUAGUCCUCACCCUGCUCAUGUCCAUGUUCGCCCUGCUGGCCCACUGGAUGGCCUGCGUCUGGUACUUCAUCGGACGCAGAGAGAUCGAAAACAGCCCCAACUCCUGGGACACUGGUUGGCUACACGAAUUGGGAAAGCGUCUGGGCACCCCUUAUUUCGGUGGAGGGAUGCUGGGUGGGGGUCCAUCAGUGAGGAGCUCCUACGUGACGUCGCUAUACUUCGCUCUGAGCAGUCUGACCAGCGUGGGCUUCGGAAACGUCUCGGCCAACACCGACUCAGAGAAGAUCUUCUCCAUCUGCACCAUGCUCAUAGGAGCCCUGAUGCAUGCGGUGGUGUUUGGUAACGUGACCGCCAUCAUUCAGAGGAUGUACUCUCGGCGCUCCCUCUACCACACCCGUACCAAGGACCUGAAGGACUUCAUCCGGGUCCACCGCCUGCCCAAGGCCCUGGAGCAACGCAUGCUGGAGUGCUUCCAGACCACGUGGUCUGUCAACAACGGCAUCGACGUCAGUGAGUUGUUGAAGGACUUCCCAGAUGAGCUGAGGGCAGACAUCGCCAUGCACCUUAACAAAGAGCUGCUGCAGCUGCCUCUGUUUGAGUCGGCCAGUAGGGGGUGUCUGCGCUCCCUGUCCCUCAUCAUCAAGACGUCAUUCUGCGCCCCGGGAGAGUAUCUCAUCCGCCAGGGAGACGCCCUGCAGGCCAUCUACUUUGUCUGCUCUGGGUCAAUGGAGGUGCUGAAGGACAACACUGUGCUGGCUAUACUGGGUAAGGGGGACCUGAUCGGCAGUGACUCCCUGACCAAGAAGCAGGUGAUUAAGACCAAUGCCAACGUGAAGGCUCUGACCUACUGUGACCUGCAGUACAUCAGUCUGAAGGGACUGAGGGAGGUUCUCCAGCUCUACCCAGAGUACGCCCAGAAGUUCAUCUCUGAGAUACAACAUGAUCUGACCUAUAACCUCAGAGAGGGUCACGGAGCUGACGUGAGUCGAACUGCAACGCAGAGUGAGGAGGGACGGGUUCGUCUGUGUGAGAGUGGUGAGACCAGUAACAAAAUGGAGACCCUCUCGUCUCUGUGUGAGAGUGGUGAGACCAGUAACAAAAUGGAGACCCUCUCGUCUCUGUGUGAGAGUGGUGAUACCAGUAACAAAAUGGAGACCCUCUCGUCUCUGUGUGAGAGUGGUGAGACCAGUAACAAAAUGGAGACCCUCUCGUCUCUGUGUGAGAGUGGUGAUACCAGUAACAAAAUGGAGACCCUCUCGUCUCUGUGUGAGAGUGGUGAGACCAGUAACAAAAUGGAGUCCCUCUCGUCUCUGUGUGAGAGUGGUGAGACCAGUAACAAAAUGGAGACCCUCUCGUCUCUGUGUGAGAGUGGUGAUACCAGUAACAAAAUGGGGUCCCUCUCUUGUCUCUGUGUGAGAGUGAGUGAUGAGACCAGAAACAAAAUGGAGACCCUCUCGUCUCUGUGUGAGAGUGGUGAGACCAGUAACAAAAUGGAGUCCCUCUCGUCUCUGUGUGAGAGUGGUGAGACCAGUAACAAAAUGGAGACCCUCUCGUCUCUGUGUGAGAGUGGUGAUACCAUGCUGCAGUAUAAAGCUCUGAAGGGCUUGGUUCUGAUCUAG